CGUCAAAAACUACAGUGCAUCCACCAACUUUGUGGGCUUUUAACAUCCAGCCAUGUGUUGGAUCCCCGUUCCCAUCCGGAAGUAGAGACUGGACAGUCCCAAGGUUCUCAAGAGAAGAGCUUACCUCAAGACGUCUCUCAAUGGAUUCCAUCUUCCACAUCAGCAGCUGAAAUCGAAAGCAAUGAAGACCAGCAGAAGCCCCGGGUCAUCCGAACGGGGUGUCGCGGAGGAGAGGAGAGCUUGUGGAAGAAGAAGACCUGACAAGAAGAACCCCGCAGAUGCUCAGCCCUCGUGCACCAACAUACGUUCACAAAUCAAGUCCAGCGCCUCCGUAUCCGGCGGCCAGUCUCCUGCCACUUGCAGGCUGUGCCACGGAACCUUCUCUCCACGCAGCCUGCGGCAUGCUUUCAACAAGUGGUCUCCGGAUUCUGUGGACGUUCUCCGCGACGCUUCCUGCUCGCCGCCGUCCACUCUAUUCCACGCCGACUUCCAGCGUCUGGUGGGGGUGCGCUUGGACCCUGAUCCCAGAUUGUCGGAGUUUGUUUGUAAGAAAUGCCACAGCAAGUUCUACAAGUGCCACAACAUCCUGAUUGGAUUCCUGCAGACGGUUAAUGUCCCGCCUGUCGCAGAGGAACGCCCACAAAGCAGGCCUGGUCCAGUAUCUCCAGAAGCUUCAGUAAAAUACGGUCCCACAUCAUCACCUUCCUUAUCCUCCGACCCCGCCUGCCUGCACAAGCUGGUGUCAUGGGCCCACCACCACGGAGAGGCGUGUAGAUCCUGCCCCGCCCUGAAGGAGGUGCUGGAGGGGAGGUGCUGGGGCUUUGUGAAAGCGGUGUGGUGCUGCGUCGAUGGGCACAGCUACACCAUGGACACGCCGUGCGGCCACGCUCCCGUCGGCGGAGGACCCGCCGUCACGCCACGGAGUCACGGAUCAGCACCGGAUGGCUGCGGCUCGGAAGACCCAAACGAGACGCCCGCCCCCACUUUGGCGCCGCAGGUUGACAGUGACGUGUCCGACAGGUCCGAGGAGGAGUGUGAAGGGAGAGGGAAGAGCCAAUCAGAGGAUGACUUGUUUGAGACGUACUCAGACCAAAGAGCCGACAAGCCUCCGCAAAUGUCAAAUGUCUCAUGGGAACCUAAAGUCAAAAAGAAACCCGGACCCAAACCUGGAUGGAAGAAGAAACUGAAAGCCAAAGGGGAGGAGCUACCCAACAUCUACAAGUGUCUGUACGAGGGAUGUUCUGCCGUCUACAGAGCUCCUGAUGGGCUGAAGAAGCACAGGAAGGAGCACCAUGACAAGGUGAGAGAGCGACCCUGUCCUCACCCAGGAUGCAACAAGGUGUUCACCAUCGACCGUUACCUCCAGCGGCACAUCAAGCUGAUCCACACAGAGGAGAGGAAUUACAUCUGUGACCAAUGUGGACAAACCUUCAAACAAAGGAAACACCUUUCAGUUCACCAAAUGAGGCAUUCAGGAGCCAAACCGCUACAGUGUGAAGUGUGCGGCUUCCAGUGUCGUCAGCGGGCGUCGCUCAAGUAUCACAUGACCAAGCACAUGGCGGAGGCCGACCUGGAGUUUGCCUGCAUGAUGUGCAGCAAACGCUUCGAGAAAGCCCACAAUCUCAACGUGCACAUGUCCAUGGUCCACCCGCUCACUCAAAGGCACGUGCACAAGGAGGGGCUACACCAGUAGCGGCCACGCCCCCCUUCUCCAAUUGGCCCGCAAGCGGGGAGGCGGGGCCCGGGAUAAUUUUGGAUAACUCAUCCGCUAAGAAAAUGGCCGCUACUUUUAUACAAGAUAAUAAAACGGUGUGCCAACCAAAUAUGUUCAAUACAGAGAGAUUGAUUCGUUCAUUCCGUUCACAAAAAAAGACCUGUUCGUUCAUGACUGACACACUACUAGUCAUCACGUGUUGUUGUUCAGCUGUUGAGUCGGUGAACGAACGUGAACAUGAGUGAACGGACUGACUCGACUCGAGAUCACAUGCUAACCACCUAUUGAUCAAAAUGAACGAUUCUUUUUACUAAAUGAACCGGAAUAAUCUGGUUCACUGAAAUGAACGGUUUUUUUUGCCCACCACUAUGCCGUUGUUGUACUACACAGGACGGACACUAGAUGGCACCAUAAGUCAGUGAAUGUUUGUUUCAACUAAAUCAUCUUUCUUUAAAAAAAUAAAAAUAAAAACAAUUAGCGCAGUACUGAAUCUUAUGCAUUACAACAACAUAGCAGAUAACAAAGCAUUUUUAUACCGCAAACGUAAUACAAAUCUGCAGCUUUGAAUGUAAUAAUAAUAAUAAUAAAUUUACCACAAACCACAAACAUAAAUAAUGAAAUUUGCCUACUGCAAACAUAAUACUGAAUUUCCUGCAAAUGUAAUAGUUAUUAUUAUAUGUAUAUUAUUAUGUAUAUUAUAACAGGGCCACUGUCUAACGAGGGUACCGUCUAAACGGGGGUACCGUCUAAACGGGGGUACCGUCUAACGGUAUCCCUUUUUCUCCUUUUGUUUUCGGGUCAUCGGGACUGGGGUGAAUUUUGGCAUCUGUGUAAUGAAAACAUUUGCAGGGUGAGGUACCCAAUUUAUGGGCUAUGUUUAUGAUCUGUGGGCUAUGUUUAUGGUCGAGAUAUAUGGGCUAUGUUUAUGGGCUAUGUCUAUGGGCUAUGUCUAUGGUCUAUGGGCUAUGUUUAUGGGCUAUGUCUAUGGGCUAUGUCUAUGGGCUAUGUCUAUGGGCUAUGUCUAUGGUCUAUGGGCUAUGGGCUGUGUUUAUGGUCUAUAUCUAUGGUCUAUGUUUAUGGUCUAUGUUUAUGGUCUAUAUCUAUGGGCUAUGUUUAUGGUCUAUAUCUGUGUUCUAUUUUUAUGGUCUAUAUCUAUGGUCUGUGGGCUAUG